AUGUUCAGUUCACCCGUGCUGCUACGUAGUUUGCCUAAAACUGCAUUCGCCAGAGCCUUGACCUCCUCGGUGGCAAUACGAAAGCCAGUUCAAGGUGAUCAACUCACUCGCUUAUUUGAUAGCCAGAAGUGUUUCACGAAUUUCAACAAGGCUCCUGGCGGCUACUUCAAGACAAAACAGGUUGGCUUGUUCAGAAAUGAACAGCUCAAGUCUCCCGAUGGGCUCAUAGAGUUUUCCAAGGAGUCCCUCCAGAAAGCAAAGAGCUUAGUCAAGACAAUGCUCUUGGAAGCAAAGAACACAGACCACGGCAAGCUCAGCUACAUCAGAAAGCUUGAUCAGCUUAGUGAUAUCUUGUGCCGUGUGAUAGACGCAGCAGAGUUCAUCAGAGUGGUGCAUCCGAGUCAGAAGUGGGUGGCUGCAGCCCAAAACACUCACGAGAUCAUGUUCGAGUACAUGAACCAGCUCAAUACAAAUGUGGACUUGUACCGUACUUUGGUACAGAUCCUCGAGCUGGACGUUGUCAACAGCUUAAGUCAAGAAGAGAUUGAUGUUGGCAAGUACUUGAGACAAGACUUUGAGAGAUCCGGAAUUGCCAUGGAUCCCGAGACUAGAAAUAACUUUGUUGCCAUCACCCAGCAAAUCUCGCUCUUGGGAGCCUCGUAUAACAAUGAGGUCCAUGAUCUUGAGAGCUUCUGGUGUACCAUCAGCCAUCAGGAGUUCGAGCUGAUAGAGGACCAGAGGCUAAAAAGUGAAAUCAAGGACUACCAGGCUAAAGCACCUCGGGCCAACUCACAAGGUAUCUCCAUACCUCUUGCGGGACAAUUACCCUACUCGAUCUUGGUCAGAUGCUCCAAUGAAGAGGUUAGAAGAAAAGUGUGGAUUGCUUUACACAACUCGCCCAAGCGUCAAAUAAAGACUUUAGACAGCUUCAUCAAAUACCGGGCGCUUUUGGCCAACAUGUUGGGAUAUCUGUCCUUUGCGCAUUACCAGCUUGAGCACAAGAUGGCAAAGUCGCCACGGAAUGUGAUUUCCUUCCUCACCAACCUUCAAGAAACGCUUCUUUCUGAGAAGAAGGGUGUCAUGAGUGAAGUAAGGAGCUUAUACAAGCACAAAAGUGGAAGCGAUCUUGCUCAUUCGAAUGAUGAGAUCUUGGCCGAGGUCAAGCCUUGGGACAGAGACUACUUGUUAGCGAAGCUGAUGCAGAAUGGUGAGGAUGAUCACUCCAAGGAGAUCUCGGAGUAUUUGUCCGUGGGCACUGUAAUGAACGGUCUCGGCAAGCUUUUUGAAAGCAUCUACAAUGUUGCUCUUGUUCCUGAGAGAACCGACAAGGGCGAGACCUGGGAUCAUGGCCAUGUUCGCAAGCUCAAAUACGUCAACCUCACGAACAAUGAGGUUUUGGGAUACUUAUACGUCGAUUUCUGGUCCGAGAAAGUGCUUCCCUCCCAUUUCACUAUCGUUUGUUCGAGAGAGCUCAACACGUCAAUUGGUGCGGAGCACAGAGAAGACAUUGAGAAAACAGUUCACCUCAGCAAAGACAAGGACUACCAACUUCCCGUCAUUGCGCUUGUGUGCAACUUCCAAAAACCAAAGAGUACUGGCAUGGGACGUCUUGCUGGCUUAGACAGCGACAUGCCUACACUUUUGACGCUCGAGCAAGUUGAUACAAUUUUCCACGAAAUGGGCCAUGCCAUGCAUUCGAUGCUUGGAAGAACGAAACUCCACAAUCUUUCUGGAACUCGUUGUCUGACCGACUUCGUCGAGCUUCCUUCUGUGCUCAUGGAGUCGUUCAGUAAUGACCCUAGAGUGCUUUGCAAGAUUGCCAAGCAUUACAAGACUGGUGAGCCAUUGCCUGAAUCGCUCUUGAAAAGCCAUCAGGCAAGGAGAGAUUCACUCAAACAUUGCGAGUCAUACAUGCAAUCGAAGAUGGCUCUUCUUGAUCAAGUCUUGCAUGACGAGAAGGUUGUCGAUUUUGGCGACCACGAAUCUUUCAAGAAAUUCAGCUCCACUUCCGUUUACCACCACCUUGAAGCAGAACUCAAAGUGUUUGCCGACCAGUGGUCCACCUGGCACGGCAAGUUCCCCCACUUGUUUUCUUACGGAGCUGUCUACUACUCAUAUUUAUUAGACCGUGCCAUUGCUGAGAAGGUUUGGAACGGACUCUUUAAAGACGAUCCUUGGAGCCGAGCCGCCGGUGAAAAAUACAAGGAGAGCAUAUUAAAAUGGGGUGGCGCCCGUGACCCAUGGCGCUGUUUAGCCGACGCUUUGGAUGAUGAGGAAUUGGCCAAAGGAGAUGCUAGAGCCAUGCAAAUUAUAGGCCACUUGUAA